AUGACAUACUCCAAAGCGCUCGUUCUCAUCACAGGCGCCAAUCAGGGUAUUGGCUUCGCCACAGCGCGACAGCUCGCUAGCUCAGACAAGUUUCAUGUCCUUGUCGGUGCGCGCACAGCGUCCAAGGCCGAGGCCGCCGUUCAACAACUACAAUCAGACGCGGUUGACAAGUCAGCCCUCACCCCCAUCACCAUCGAUGUGACAGACGACGCCUCUAUUGCCGCCGCCGCUCAAGCCGUAUCUGAACAGUUCGGACACCUGGAUAUCCUCAUCAACAACGCCGGCAUUGGUCAGGUACCCGAUGCACCUGUACGCGAGCAGUAUCGCCAGAUCUUCGACGUCAAUGUCUUUGGUGUUGCCGUCGUCAUAAACGCCCUCUUGCCGCUGCUACAAGCCUCUGAGUAUACCGACCGUCGCAUCGUCAACGUGACCUCUGGACUAGGCCAGAUCAGUAUGGCGGGUAAGAAGGACUACGCCUUUAACGCCCGAGCCUGGUUCGCACCUGACUACCGCAGUAGCAAGGCGGCCCUGAACAUGAUCACGGCUGCAUUUUCAUUAAAGCUUGCCGACGAGAAAAUAGCCGUGAUCGCAGCCGCCCCCGGCUUCUGCCGUACCAACUUCACUGGUGGACAGGGCAAGAAGGAGGCUAGGGAUGGCGCUAGUGUCAUCGUGCGCGCCGCUACUGAGGAGAGCCCGGAGGAGCUAAGUGGCACCUUUAUUGCCGAUGAGGGCUUCGGCUUGGGUUGGUGA